AUGUCCGAAUCUGAUCAGGAGCAAAGUUCACCUGAGCCACUUUCACCAAGAACCGCUGCUGUACGUGCUGGUUUGAGAAGGAAUUAUAGUUCUUCAAGCGCUGAUUCUAAAAGUUCCGAAUCUGAAGGUUCAAGCACGAUGGCAGAGAUUCCGAACAACAACAAUAAUGUUGAAGGAGGUGGUGCGCUUGUUGUCCAACCUCGAAAACCCCUGCGUGAGUUUUCCAUUCCCAAAGUCACCGAUCAACCUUCGUGCAUCGUCUAUCCUCAACUCACAGUUGACAGGUUUGAGCUUAAAAGUGGUAUGAUUCAUCUUCUUCCAACUUAUUAUGGUAAUACCACUGAGGAUCCUUACAUGCAUAUUAAGCAAUUCUUUGAAAUAUGUGCUACGAUCAAAAUUCAUGGCCUUGAUGAUGAGCAGAUUAAGAUGAGGCUAUUCCCAUUCAGUUUAAAAGAUAAGGCUAAGUCUUGGUUAUACUCUUUGCCUAAUGCUUCAAUUCAUACUUGGGAAGAGCUUUCUAAUAAGUUUUUGCAGAAAUUCUUCCCGGCUCAAAAGACUAACAAGAUUAGAAAGGAAAUCCUUGGUUUCACACAAAAGGAAGGAGAAGCUUUUCAUGAAUGUUGGGAGAGGUACAAGGAGAUGAUAAGUUCUUGCCCACACCACAACAUAGAGAGUUGGAUGCAAAUGCAAUCUUUCUAUGAAGGUUUGCUUGAUUCCGAAAGGAUGAUGGUAGAUGCAACAAGUGGAGAAGGACUGAUGAACAAAACAGCAGAUGAGGCUUUUACUCUCUUUGAAUCCUUGAGUGCUAACUCUCAACAAUGGAGCCACAAUAAAGGAAGAGGAGCUUCUAUGAAAGCUGUGGUCUCUGAGGCAGUGACUGGCCCUCUUGGAAGCAAAGUGGAAGUUCAAGAUCAAUCUUUUGCAGAGCACAUGCUAGAACAAGCAAAUGCCCUUCAAGCAAGGAAUCCUAAUAAUGAUCCUUACUCAAACACGUACAAUCCGGGGUGGAGAAAUCAUCCUAAUUUCAAGUGGAGCAAUAACCCAAAUGUGCAACAAUCUCAAGGACCUCCCCCAGGAUUUCAAAUACAACAAAGGCAAUUCCAGCAAGCUCCCCAACAAGUGCAAGAGCAAAGGGGUGAUCAAAUGGGAGAAUUGCAAGACAUGUUCAAGAAGUUCAUGGGGCAACAGAUGCAAACCAAUCAAAAUCUUCAAAAUGCAGUGAACAAACUAGAAGUGCAAGUUGGGCAGAUUGCAUCCUCCAUGAGCAAUAGGGCAUCCGGAACAUUUCCCAAGCCAAACAGAGAGCAAGAAGAUGGAGAAAACGUGGAGAUCAUUCAGCCACCACAUGGGCAGCCCACAGCUUCCAACAAACAGCCCCUCAAUGCUCCUGGAAAGAGCACAGGCCCUAAGGUAUCAUCUAAUGCUAAUCAAGUUCCAAUUUCAACUAAUGCUUUUAGGCCUAUUGCACCCUUUCCCAGCAGGUUAUCAAAGUCAAAGAAAGAUCAAGGCUUGGAUGAGAUAAUGGAAACAUUCAAGAAGGUGCAAAUCAACAUCCCAUUGCUCAAUGCCAUUGCUCAGAUUCCAAAGUAUGCAAAAUUUUUGAAGGAUCUAUGCACUAACAAGAGGAGAUUCAAAGAGCAUGAACAAGUUGCAUUGAGUGAAGAGGUAAGUGCAGUGUUACAAAGAAAGCUACCUCCAAAGCUAAAGGAUCCAGGUUCGUUUUCUAUACCUUGCAUAGUUGGUGAUUUUAAGUUUCAAAAAGCUUUGCUUGAUCUUGGUGCUUCUAUAAACCUUAUGCCAUAUCAUGUUUAUGAGAAACUUAACCUUGGUGAGUUGCAAGCCACAUCUGUGAGCAUUCAAUUGGCAGAUAGAACUAUUAGGUACCCUAAGGGCAUUCUAGAAGAUGUUUUGGUGAAAGUGGAAGAGCUAAUUUUGCCAGCAGAUUUCUUGGUGUUGGAAAUGGAAGAAGCACCAAUUCAUGACAAUCAGUUACCACUCAUUCUAGGUCGGCCAUUCAUGGCAACUGCCGGUGCUAUUAUUGAUGUGAAGAAGGGUACAUUGACCAUGAACGUGUUUGAUGAGACAAUAGCAUUCAAGUGUUUGAAGCCUCCAAGUUUCCAAGUGAUGAGCAUGAAGUUUUCCAGCUUGAUGCAAUUGAUACUAUGCAUGGAUAGCUACAUAGAAGUUGGAAAGAGGUAUGCAAACCAAUUUGAAUCAUUACCCCCACCUACUAAUAAGGUUUUACCUUCUAUUGUGCAGGCACCAGAGUUGGAAUUAAAGGAAUUGCCAAAACACCUUAAAUAUGCUUAUUUAGGUGAAAAUGAGACUCUACCUGUUAUCAUUGCCUCACACCUCGAACCAAAUGAUGAGAAGAAGCUUUUGAGAGUUCUAAAAGAGCACAAAACUGCAAUUGGGUGGAGCAUUGCAGAUAUCAAAGGCAUAAGUCCAACACUAUGCAUGCACAAGAUAUUAUUGGAAGACAAUGCAAUGCCUAAGAGGGAUGCCCAAAGACGUCUCAAUCCGAACAUGAAGGAGGUGGUAAGAAAAGAGGUAAUGAAGCUUUUAGAUGUUGGUAUUAUUUACCCUAUUUCUGACAGUAAAUGGGUGAGCCCAGUGCAAGUUGUUCCCAAAAAGUCAGGUAUCACAGUGGUGAAGAAUGAAGCAAAUGAGCUUGUACCUACACGGAUGCUUGAGAGAUUGGCUGGCCAUAGCCACUAUUGCUUCCUUGAUGGAUAUUCAGGCUACAACCAAAUCGCCAUAGCCCCAGAGGAUCAAGAGAAGACGACCUUCACGUGUCCCUUUGGUACUUUCGCUUAUAGGAGGAUGCCUUUUGGUCUCUGUAAUGCCCCAGCCACUUUUCAAAGGUGCAUGAUGAGCAUUUUCUCCGACAUGGUAGAAAGGUUCAUUGAGGUAUUCAUGGAUGACUUCUCUGUCUUUGGUGAUUCUUUUGAUCAAUGCUUGCAUAACUUAUCCAAGGUGUUGGCUAGAUGUGAACAGACUAACCUUGUGCUUAAUUGGGAAAAAUGUCAUUUUAUGGUUAACCAAGGCAUAGUUCUUGGUCAUGUCAUCUCUAGUAAAGGAAUCGAGGUAGAUAAAGCUAAGAUUGAUUUGAUUGCCUCCAUGCCCUCACCUACUUCUGUCAAAGAAGUACGUUCUUUCCUUGGCCAUGCAGGUUUCUAUAGGCGUUUCAUUAAGGAAUUUUCUAAGAUUGCGAGGCCUUUGUGCAAUCUCCUUGCCAAGGACAUGGAUUUUGUCUUUGAUCAAAACUGUGAGAAUGCUUUCAAUGCUUUGAAGAAGAUGCUCACAACUGCCCCAAUCAUUAUACCACCAGAUUGGAGCUUGCCUUUUGAAUUGAUGUGUGACGCCUCUGAUUAUGCCGUUGGAGCUGUUUUGGGACAGCGAGUUGAUAAGAAGCCACAUGCCAUCUACUAUGCUAGUAGAACCCUCAACGAUGCCCAACUCAACUAUUCCACCACAGAGAAGGAGUUAUUAGCUGUCAUAUUUGCUUUAGAGAAGUUCAGAUCAUAUUUGAUUACUAACAAGGUUAUUGUUUACACUGAUCAUGCAGCAUUAAAAUACUUGUUAGCCAAGAAGGAUGCCAAGCCACGACUCAUUAGAUGGAUUCUCUUGUUGCAAGAGUUUGACUUAGAGAUAAAAGAUAAGAAAGGAAGUGAGAAUGUUGUGGCUGAUCAUUUGAGUAGAUUGGUGCAUGUGUCUAACGAAGAGGAGGAUUCAUUGCCAUUGCGUGAAAGCUUCCCUGAUGAGCAACUCUUCUCCAUUUGUGCUUUGAAUUCUCUCAAUCCAUUACCUUGGUUUGCUGAUAUUGUUAACUAUUUGUGCACUAAUGAACUCCCUACAGGGUUAUCUACGUUCCAACGUGACAAGCUUAGGAAGCAAGCAAGAUACUACUUUUGGGAUGAUCCAUAUCUAUUCAAGCAUUGCCCAGACCAAGUAAUUCGAAGGUGUGUGCCUGAAGGUGAUUUUAAGAGCAUUCUGGAGUUUUGUCACUCCCAUGCAUGUGGAGGACAUUUUGGAGCAAAGAAGACUGCCAACAAAGUGCUACAAUCAGGUUUCUUUUGGCCUACCCUUUUUAAGGAUGCGUAUGUUUUUUGUGCUUCAUGUGAUAGAUGCCAACGGAUGGGUAAUUUACAUGCUAGAAAUCAGAUGCCUCUCACCAAUAUCCUAAUCAUUGAAAUAUUUGAUGUUUGGGGAAUUGAUUUCAUGGGCCCUUUUCCUACCUCUUAUGGAUUUGAAUAUAUAUUAGUUGCUGUCGAUUAUGUUUCUAAAUGGGUAGAAGCCAUUGCCACUAGAACUAAUGAUGCUAAGGUUGUGAUCGGUUUUCUCAAAGGAAAUAUUUUUACAAGGUUUGGCACACCUAGAGCAAUCAUUAGUGAUGGUGGCUCCCACUUUGUUAACCAAGCUUUUGCAGCACUCUUGAAGAAAUAUGGAAUCACGCAUAAGGUGGCAACACCCUAUCAUCCCCAAACUAGUGGGCAGGUUGAGAUAAGCAAUAGGGAGAUUAAGCACAUACUUGAAAAGACGGUGAACACCACAAGGAAGGAUUGGUCCAUGCGUUUGGAUGAUGCAUUGUGGGCUUAUAGGACUGCUUAUAAGACACCUAUAGGUAUGUCUCCGUAUAGGCUUGUUUUCGGUAAACCUUGUCACUUACCAGUGGAGCUUGAGCACAGGGCUUAUUGGGCAAUCAAGGCCUUCAAUUUUGAUAUGAAAGCUGCUGGUGAGAAGAGGAGGCUUCAACUCAAUGAGUUGGAGGAGUUGCGACAUGAAGCGUAUGAGAAUGCUAAGCUUUACAAGGAGAAAACAAAGCAAUAUCAUGACAAGAAAAUUCUUAGGAAGACGUUUGAGAAAGGGCAGAAGGUUCUCCUAUUCAAUUCACGCCUUAAGCUCUUUCCAGGUAAGCUUCGUUCUCGGUGGAUUGGCCCUUUUGUUAUUACUAAUGUGUUUGAUCAUGGCGCAGUGGAGAUUCAAAAUAUUAAGGAUGGCAGCACCUUCAAGGUGAACGGACAUCGGUUGAAACCUUACUUUGAUGCCAACUUUGAUGCCAAUAUUGAGUCUCAAGCACUCAAGGAGCCUCUACCACUCUCUUGA